UUCCCCCUCACUUGCAGGCCGUGGGUUCAGCACGCCUUUGGAAGCAAAAUGCCACGCAAGAUCGAAGAAAUCAAAGAUUUCCUGCUAACAGCAAGGAGGAAGGAUGCUAAAUCCGUCAAAAUCAAGAAGAACAAGGACAAUGUGAAGUUUAAGGUCCGCUGCAGCAGGUACCUGUACACAUUGGUCAUUACAGACAAGGAGAAGGCAGAGAAGCUCAAGCAGUCCCUGCCUCCAGGUCUGGCUGUGAAAGAGCUGAAGUAGAUGUCUCUCCUGUGUUCAAUAUUGUAAUAAAAAUGAGGGAAAAAAGUU